AUGUGUGACCAGCAGCAGAUUCAGUGUUGUGUGCCAGUCCCCCAGUGCUGUGUCAAGGGUUCCUCCUUUGGACCCUCCCAGUUCCCCUAUGCUAACAACCAGGUGCUGGUUCAAGCACCCUAUGAGAUGCAAAUUUUGGAGUACCCUGCACCAUACCCAGUUCAAGUUUCCCAACCUCCAUGCCAGUCCAUGACCACUGAAGUGAAGAGCCAGGCUCCAAGCUCAUCGAAGACCACUAAGGUGAAAUGUCAGGCUCCCUGCCAAUCCAAGACCACUCAGGUGAAGUGCCAGUCCAAGACCACUCAGGUGAAGUGCCAGGCUCCCUGCCAGACUCAAAUCUCCUGUGUGCCAUGCCAGGCCCCCUGUCAGCCUCAGGUUUCCUAUGUACAACAUGAAGUCCCACAACCUGUUCAGACCUACUAUGUGGAAUGUGCUGCUCCAGUUUACUAUACAGAAACUAGUUAUGUGGAAUGCCCAGUCCAGACCUAUGUGCCUGCUCCGGCUCCUCAGCCUGUCCACACUUAUGUAGAAUGUCCCUCAGGGGGCCAGGCUCAGGGAAGCUUCUCCACUCAGGGCCAGUAUCGGGGUUCCUACAGCAGCUGUGCCCCCCAAUUCCAGUCACGGGCUUCUUACGGCAGCUGGGCCCCACAGCCUCAGCCCCAGGCUUCCUACAGCAGCUGUGAACCCCAGUUCCAGCCCCGGCCCUCCUACAGCAGCCGCGUCCCCCAGCGCCAAUCCCAGGCGUCCUAUGGCAGCUGUGCCUCCCAGUUCCAGUCGCGGGCAUCCUACAGCAGCUGCGCCCCCCAGCGUCAGGCCGGGGCUUCCUUUAGCACCUGUGCACCCCAGUGCCAGACCCAGGGCUCCUAUGGAAGCUUCACUGCACAGCGUCGAUCUCAGAGCACCGGGCGAUGCCUCGCUCCUCCGCGUCGGCUGCAGCCUUCUUACCGCAGCUGCUCCCAGCCCCGGAGGUCUGAGCCUUACUACAGCGGCUGUCUGCCAUCGCGGUGCUCCUCCGGCUCCUACGACUACUGCACUCCACCCCGCCGCUCGGAGCCCAUCUACGGCAGCCAGUGUCCCCGGGGCCGCCCUUCAGGCUGCUCUCAGCGAUGUGGCCCCAAGUGCAGGAUAGAGAUUUCCUCCCCCUGCUGCCCCAGGCAGGUUCCCCCUCAGAGGUGUCCUGUUCGGAUUCCUCCCAUCCGAGGAAGAUCCCAGAGCUGUGCCCCACAACCCUCUUGGGGUGUCUCCUGCCCAGAUCUGAGGCGGUGCCCAGAACCACGUCCAUUCCCGAGGUCCUGCCCGCCACAGCGUCUCGGCCGCUGCCCAGAGCCAUCAUGGCAACGAUGCCCAGUUCCUGCUCCACGUCCACGUCCGCGCCCAGAACCAAGCCCAAGUCCAGAACCCCACCCAUGUCCCCCAGCGCGGCGAUUUUCAGAACCUUGUCUGUAUCCGAAGCCCUGUCCACCCCCUCAACCAGCUCCACGUCCGGCACCUCGUCCAGCGCCACGGCCUCGCCCAGUGCAGUGUGAGAAUCCAGAGCAAGGUCCCCGCCCGCAGCCGUGUGAACUCCCAGAGCCCUGCCCACAUCCAGAGCCAGUUUUCCACCCUGCGCCCUGCCCCAGCCGAGAGCCACGCGGGGAGCCAGUUCGUUGUCCCAGUCCCUGUUCUGGCCCAAAUCCAGUUCCACACCCGCAAGAACUAGGCUGUCAUGAAUCUAACCCAUGCCGUCUGGACACCGAAGGCCCCAGCUGUGGCCCAUACAAUUACAACCAGGAGCAGGAGAGUAACACCAGCUGUGGAUCUGGUGAAGCCUUUCCAGAGUCACAAGGUCUAGGCGGUUGCGGAGACCAAGGAAGAUCCAGUUCUGGCUGUAAAGGUGGAGCUUAUACUGGAGCAAAGGGGGCCUAUUUCUAA